AUGAGAGGAAAAUUGACGAUUUUGAAAACUUUGACAAAGUCAAUGUGCGCUUGUGCCAAAAAACUGGGCUACCAGGCCUUUCAUCCAAAUUUGGCUCACACCUCCAGUAAACAAUCACAAUAUGCGAGGAAUCAGAGGACUCUUCACCCGCAAGGUACAACAAGAGCAUUGACAUUUGGGAAAGGAAAGAAACAAGUUAAAGUAAAAAUAAACAAAGAACAAGCUCAAAUAAGUGUAGACUCAGAUGCUAAUUGGUUACCGAAAAUAUUACGGAACUCUCACGGGCGAUUUUGUGAACUUCAGAGUGAUGGAUUUUCCAAAAAAGAACAGAAGUCAGAUAUUGUAACAAGAUCAAUACAAAAAUUUUGGGAUGCGUUUGAUCGCGCUUACGAAGCCCACAAGAAGAAAAUAUCUGUCUUCGUGGUGUUAUCGAUUGCUGUUCUCUUCUUGGCUUAUUUUAUUGGAGCAGUUCAUUACAAAAUAACAUACGAUUGUAAUGAAGUUCCACAGUGUAAUUGGCAAUGGUGCAGUGGACAUGGAUUUUUAAUCAUUACCACUGUAGUCGUGUGCUUUGGCUUAAUUUAUUUUCAAAUCGUGAAGAAGGUGUUUGGAAAUGUGAUCAAAAGAAAUUUGCUUGUGCCAAUUGGAUCACUUUUGAGAAAGUGCUGGAAAAUAAGGUGGGUACGUAUUGUUGCAUACAUUGUACCGACUGUCCUUAUUGUUGGAUUUAUGAUAUUCGACACAGCUGAGGAUAGAGGCCGUCUUAAGUCUUUGAUUGGCUUAGCACUUCUAUUACUUUUAGGCGCUGUGUUUUCGAAGCAUCCAGGCAAGAUACAAUGGCAACCCGUUUUAUGUGGUUUGUUGCUUCAAUUCCUGUUUGGACUCUUCACUCUACGGUGGAACGUAGGUAAACUAAUUUUUCAAUGCUUUGGAACGAAAACUACAACUUUCUUGAAUUACACAUUCGCAGGAGCCAGUUUUGUGUAUGGAACUGAAUUGGCAUCCGGUGUAUUUGCAUUUCAGGUUCUAUCAGUGAUAUUUUUCUUCAGUUUCUUUGUGCAAAUAUUAUAUUAUUGGGGUGUCAUGCAGUGGGUUGUGAUGAAAUUAGGUUGGAUAUUGCAAGUGACUAUGGGAACAACAGUGUGUGAAUCUGUGAACACGGCUGCAUCGAUUUUUCUUGGUCAGUCAGAAGCACCUUUGAUCAUAAAACCUUACAUAAAGGAUUUGACAAAGUCUGAAAUCCAUGCCAUAAUGACAGCCGGAUUUGCUACUGUGUCUGGAACUGUCCUAGCAGCUUAUAUAAGUUUUGGUGUCAAAGCCUCACAUCUUUUAACUGCUUCCAUUAUGUCAGCACCUGCCGCACUAUGUUUUGCAAAACUGUUCUACCCUGAGAGUGAAGAAUCAAAAACAACUGUUGAUAACAUCCGACUAGAGAAAGGCUUUCUGGACGGUGUAGUGGGAUGGAUGGGUGAACUUGUUGGUCUAACUGGAGAAAACACAAUUAGUUUUACAUUCAUUCUCACCAAGAUAUUCUAUCCACUAGUUUGGGCCAUGGGUGUUCAAGUAGAACAUUGUUCUGAUGUUGCCAGGGUAGUGGCAUUGAAAACAGUUGUUAAUGAAUUUGUAGCUUAUGAAGAACUUGGAAAAUUAAUAGACGCAAGAAAAAUAUGUGGUCGAUCUGAAGUAAUAGCCACAUAUGCACUAUGCGGCUUUUCAAAUCCUAGCUCCAUUGGAAUUGUAAUUGGAGCUCUUUCCUCAAUGGCCCCCAAUCGAAGAUCUGACAUUGCUGAGGUAGCUUUCAGAGCCUUUUUGGCUGGUUGUGCUGUCUGUUUCUUGACAGCUUGUGUUGCAGGUGUUUUAACUGAUGAUCUGGAUGGCUCAUGCAUGGACCUGCCAACUACUGGAUCAUGACAUGAUCAUCAACAUUACAUUAUGAAACUGAGAAGAAUUCAUGUCGCAAUCACUCAUCACACUCAUUGCUAUGAAGUAGAAGAGAUGUAACAUUUUUGUAUCUCUGAAUAUACUCUGAAGAAAAUGGUAGGUGAGAAUUCUCUGGUCCUAAAAGGAGAAUAUAAUGUAAAUAAAUUAUGGUUGCUUGCUCGCUGAUCUCCAGAGACUGUAUUGUACAUAAAGUUCCAUGAGAAGAGUGAAAUAUUGUAGAAUUUAUGUAAAUUAUGUAUUUUUUUAAUGUUCUUAUUGUUAAGUUGUACAAAAUUAUAACAUACAGUGGAACAUGCAAAAGUGGCCACCUCAAUUCCAACCGGGACCUGGCACUGCAGCCAGCGGCAGUGUAAUAUACUGCCGCAUAAUUCGUAUACUUCGAUUUUUCUAUAGUAGCUGAGGCCAUUAGGUCAUUAUUACACCUCCUGCCCUAUAAAAUGAAUAUUUUUAAUUAAUUCGCGAACGUCCUUCUCAGCGGGGAUCGUUGCCUCUAAAAUGUGCCACUGUUAAAAAGAUUCAUUUUAUAAGGCCUCUUAUCAAUGAUCUAAUGUCAUCGGCCAUUAUAGAGAAAUAGAAGUAUAGGUAAACGUCUAAGAUGCGAUCGCCACAAGUUGUAAUAGAAUGAACCGUACUAUAAUAAGAAGCGGAAGGGCUGUUGAUAUAGGCUUGUUACAAUAUCUUCCUGGGAAGGGGUAACUCUGAAAAGUGCCAUCCAGAGUCGUUCUUAUGGCAAAGAUUUCAUUUUGUGGAAGGUAAAAACAGAUGAUUUGAGUCUACGAAAUAACUACGUGUUCGCUUCGCUUAUACCCACGAAGAGGUUUUUCAAGACGUCCCCUAAUUCCUUCUCCCUCUUCGGGAACCUGUUGGUGGUAGGCGGAGCGCGUAACCGAUUUGACGACGACCGCAUGCGAGAAACUCAUCCGAUUGAAAUCCAGUUCGCUUGUGGGUUCGGUUCGGUGGGGACGGACAAUUGCGUUUCAGUAGGUCAAGGCUCGUCAAGAGAAGACAUGUGGUCUUACAAAACGAGAAGAGUCUCAGUUAGAAAAAGUGCUGAUAUUUUUAUACGACAUUUAAUCAUAUUUGUGAGUUGUUGUUGUUGUAAAAAGUAAGCGAAAUCUGUGUGUCAGAUUUGCCAGAUUCUUAUACUGUAAUUCAAAUGUAGUUUGCUGGGCAUUUAAAUGAUUUUCCGAAAACAUAUCUAGUUUACAGCAAUUAGCACGAUAAGACUUUAUCUACACUUUCCGUAACAUCACGACCUUGAUUAGGCGACCAUCUCUAUUAAUGGCCAAUUUUUGCAUGGAACCAACAGAGACUGCUUAAGACAGGUUUCACUGUACUUGCAAUCAGUUUUACACUGAAGAUUAUGUGCAAUUUUCUGUUGUCAUUUAUUUAUUGGUGCUAAAGCUUAGAAAAAUC